AUGUCGUACUCCAAAGAGCUCGAGAUUGCCCAAUUGGCCGUCCAGCGUGCCGCCAUCCUCACCAAGCGUGUCUUCCACGAAAAGGCCAAAGGCACCGUCUCCAAGGACGACAAGUCCCCCGUCACCAUUGGCGACUUUGGCGCGCAGGCUCUCAUCAUAGCUGCCCUCAAGGCCAACUUCCCCGACGACGAGAUCGUCGCCGAGGAGGAGGCCGAGGGUCUCCGCGGCGACGCCACCCUCCGCCAGACCAUCUGGGACCUCGUGCGCGAGACCAAGCUGUCCGACGCCGCGGCCGAGUCGGCCCUCGGCGGCGCGAUCAAGUCCGACGACGAAAUGCUCACCAUGAUCGACCACGGCAACUCCCAGGGCGGCCGCCGGGGCCGCAUCUGGGCCAUCGACCCGAUCGACGGCACAAAGGGCUUCCUCCGCGGCGGGCAGUACGCCGUGUGCCUGGGCCUGCUCGUCGACGGCGAGGUCACCGUCGGCGUGCUGGGCUGCCCGAACCUCCCCGUCGACGACUCGGUCUCGCUCGACGGCAGCAUGGCCUCGGGCCAGACCGACGAGGAAGGCAGCAAGGGCGUCCUGUUCAGCGCCGUGCUCGGCCAGGGCGCCACCUCGCGGCCCCUGACCACCGGCGCCCUCGCCCCGGAAGCCAAGUCCAUCUCGAUGAACCCCAUCUCCGACACCUCGGCCGCGUGCUUUUGCGAGUCCGUCGAGGCCGGCCACUCGUCGCACGGCGACUCGGCCCAGAUCGCCGCGCUCCUGGGCAUCACCAAGCCCUCGGUCCGCAUGGACUCCCAGGCAAAGUACGCCAGCAUCGCCCGCGGCGCCGGCGACAUCUACCUCCGCCUGCCUGUCAGCGCCAGCUACCAGGAGAAGAUCUGGGACCACGCUGCUGGCGAUCUGAUCGUGCGCGAGGCUGGCGGCCAGGUCACGGAUAUCACGGGUAGCCGGUUGGACUUCGGCGCUGGUCGCACGCUCAAGGAGAACAAGGGUGUUGUCGCGGCGCCGGCGGCUGGCCACGCCAAGGUGCUUGCUGCUGUGCAGGAGGUCCUCGGCAAGAAGGCUGCCCAGAUCUGA